AUGGACGGCGCCAGCGACCCCGAGCGGGAGCAGGCGCUCGACGAUUAUAAAAAGAGCUUGCUGGAGCUGCGAGAAUGGGAAGCCAAGUUGAAGUCACUCCGAAUGGGCAUCAAGGAUCUUCAACGGGAGUUUGAUGUCUCCGAGGAGAACAUCAAGGCACUCCAGAGUGUGGGUCAGAUCAUCGGCGAGGUAUUGAAACAGCUGGAUGAGGAGCGAUUUAUUGUCAAGGCAUCCUCCGGUCCCCGAUAUGUCGUCGGCUGCCGAUCUAAGGUCGACAAGGCCAAGAUGAAGCAGGGCACACGUGUGGCACUGGAUAUGACUACACUUACAAUCAUGCGGAUGUUGCCUCGUGAAGUGGAUCCUUUGGUCUACAACAUGUCUUUGGAGGACCCAGGCCAAGUCAACUUCGCCGGCAUUGGUGGUCUGAACGACCAAAUCAGAGAGCUUCGAGAGGUUAUUGAGUUGCCAUUGAAGAACCCAGAGCUGUUCCAGCGAGUAGGAAUCAAGCCUCCUAAGGGCGUCCUGCUCUAUGGGCCUCCGGGUACUGGUAAGACCCUGCUCGCCCGAGCAGUGGCUAGCUCGAUGGAAACCAACUUCUUGAAAGUGGUCUCUUCCGCCAUCGUGGAUAAAUACAUCGGUGAAUCCGCUCGUCUGAUCCGAGAGAUGUUCGGCUACGCCAAGGAACAUGAGCCCUGCAUUAUUUUCAUGGACGAAAUCGACGCGAUCGGUGGUCGACGUUUCUCCGAAGGCACAUCGGCAGAUCGUGAAAUUCAACGAACAUUGAUGGAGUUGCUGAACCAGCUGGACGGAUUCGACUACCUAGGAAAGACCAAGAUUAUCAUGGCCACCAACCGACCGGAUACACUGGACCCGGCGCUUCUGCGUGCCGGUCGUCUGGAUCGCAAGAUCGAGAUUCCCCUACCAAAUGAGGUUGGCCGUCUGGAGAUUCUCAAAAUUCACUCAAGCACGGUCCAACUGGAGGGAGAUAUUGACUUUGAGAGCGUGGUCAAGAUGAGUGAUGGCCUCAACGGUGCUGAUCUGCGUAACGUGGUGACUGAAGCGGGUCUGUUUACCAUCAAGGAUUAUCGCGACAGAAUCAACCAAGACGACUUCAACAAGGCCGUGCGGAAGGUGGCCGAGGCUAAGAAGCUGGAGGGUAAACUGGAGUACCAGAAGCUGUAA